UCCCGGCGGAGCGGCCGGGCUGGGAGGAUGCUGCGCUGGUUCAUCACCGUCCUCCUGUGUGCCGCCUUCCUGGGGCUGGGAAUGAGUGUCGCUGUACUGGGACCCACGUUUCAAGAUUUGGCAACAAAUGUGAACCGCAAUAUCAGCAGUCUUUCUCUGAUUUUUGUGGGCCGUGCCUUUGGAUAUUUGGGUGGCUCUGUGAUUGGUGGAGUUCUUUUUGACAAUAUGAAUCAUUUUCUUCUUUUGGGGGUGUCAAUGUUCGCUACCACAAUUGGUCUUUAUCUUGUUCCAUUUUGUAAGACUGCAGUGUUACUGAUUGUCGUCAUGUCCAUCUUUGGUGUUUCAGUUGGCAUUCUGGAUACAGGUGGUAACGUCCUAAUCUUGGCUAUUUGGGGGGACAAAGGAGCCCCCCAUAUGCAGGCCUUACACUUCAGUUUUGCCUUGGGUGCCUUUUUGGCUCCCCUGCUGGCUAAAUUGGCAUUGGGCAGGAUGGUGUCUGCUGAAAACCACACAGAGGCUGACUUUAACCAUUCUGCCUUCAACCAGUCAUCUGAAGCUGACUCAGAAUCUCUACUUGGAAUACCUGAUGAUAUGAAUUUACUGUGGGCUUAUGCUGUUAUCGGUGCUUAUAUUUUUGUAGUUUCUCUCUUUUUUUUUGCUCUGUUUGUAAAGAAAAGCUCAAGGCAGGAAAAAGCAAAAGCAUCUGCUCAGAGGUUUCGAAGAGCUAAAUAUCACAAUGCCCUUCUUUGUCUCCUUUUUCUGUUCUUCUUUUUUUAUGUUGGAGCCGAGGUAACAUAUGGCUCUUACGUUUUCUCCUUUGCAACCAGCCAUGCUGGCAUGAAAGAAAGUGAAGCGGCUGGGUUGAACUCCAUCUUCUGGGGGACCUUUGCAGCCUGCAGGGGUAUGGCAAUCUUUUUUGCUACAUGUUUACAACCUGGAACCAUGAUUGUGUUGAGCAACAUUGGCAGCCUGGCUUCAUCUUUAUUUCUGGUGCUUUUCGACAAGAGCCGAGUUUGUCUCUGGAUAGCAACUUCAGUGUAUGGUGCCUCAAUGGCAACCAUAUUUCCCAGUGGUGUGUCUUGGAUUGAGCAGUACACGACCAUCCAUGGGAAAGCUGCAGCAUUUUUUGUAGUCGGUGCUGCCCUGGGAGAAAUGGCUAUUCCUGCAGUAAUUGGAAUUCUUCAAGGAAAAUACCCUGAUUUGCCUGUAGUUUUGUACACCUGUUUGGGGUCAUCAGUAGCCACUGCUGUUUUAUUUCCUGUGCUGUAUAAAUUAGCCACCUUGCCUAUCAGUCGUCAGCAAAAAGAACACAGUAAAAGUGAGGACCAGAAAGCUUUGCUCUCUAGCUCUGGGCUAAAUGACUAUGAGGAAGAGAAUGAAGAAGAAGAUGCAGAAAAAUGGAAUGAAAUGGACUUUGAAGUGAUCGAAAUGAAUGAUACAAUGAGGAAUUCUGUAAUAGAGACAUCUAGAUAUAUUUUGAUGGAGCCCACAGCUGACGUCUCCAACCAAUCCCACUCAAAUGCGUUAAUGUUCGAGUCCUCUCCAGUUAAUAUGGGCAAGUCCCCUGUGAAUCACCUUGCAAGAAACCAGGACAAAAGGGACUAAGGCCUAGAGAAGAGGGAUUAUUUACUGACUUCCCUGAAUA